AGGGCGGCGGGGUGGGGGGGGGACUGAAGGGAAGUCCCGCCCCUGCAGCGCCGUGGACGCUGCGGACGCCGCCGUGCACCCGGCCUGCUCCGGGAGGGCCGGACAGAUCUGGUUGCGGAGCUGCCAUGAUUGAAGUGGUAGCAGAGCUGAGCCGGGGUCCUGUGUUUCUGGCGGGGGAGGCGCUGGAGUGCGUGGUGACCGUCACCAACCCCCUGCCUCCCACGGCCACUUCUGCAUCCAGCGAGGCUCUGGCCUGGGCCAGUGCCCAGAUCCACUGCCAGUUCCAUGCCAGUGAGAGCCGAGUGGCCCUGCCUCCCCCUGACUCCAAUCAGCCGGAAGUCCAGCCCGACAGCCAGACUGUCUUCCUGCCACACCGAGGCGAGAGGGGCCAGUGUAUCCUUUCUACUCCACCGAAAAUUCUCUUCUGCGACCUGAGGCUAGACCCCGGAGAGUCCAAAUCAUACUCCUACAGUGAAGUGCUGCCCAGAGAGGGACCACCCUCGUUUCGGGGUCAGUCAGUCAAGUACGUCUACAAACUGACCAUUGGCUGCCAGCGCGUCAACUCACCCAUCACUUUACUCAGGGUCCCUUUGAGGGUGCUCGUGCUGACUGGCCUUCAAGAUGUCCGGUUUCCCCAGGAUGAGGCUGUAGCCCCAUCCAGUCCAUUCUUGGAGGAGGAUGAAGGUGGGAAGAAGGAUUCGUGGCUGGCUGAGCUUGCCGGGGAGCGCCUGAUGGCGGCCACAUCCUGCCGCAGCCUCCAUCUGUACAACAUCAGUGAUGGCCAAGGGAAAGUUGGGACGUUCGGCAUCUUCAAAUCUGUGUACAGACUCGGCGAGGACGUGGUGGGGACCCUAAACUUAGGGGAAGGAACCAUAGCUUGUUUGCAGUUUUCAGUAAGCCUACAGACUGAGGAGCGGGUACAGCCUGAGUACCAGCGGCGCCGUGGGGCAGGAGGUGUCCCCUCUGUGUCCCAUGUGACUCACGCACGCCACCAAGAGUCCUGCUUACAUACAACCAGGACCAGCUUCUCCCUCCCUAUCCCUCUCAGCUGCACCCCAGGCUUCUGCACAGCCAUUGUGUCACUGAAGUGGCGAUUACAUUUUGAAUUUGUAACAUCCCGAGAACCCGGAUUGGUUCUCCUACCCCCUGUGGAACAGCCUGAACCUGCCACCUGGACAGGUCCUGAGCAAGUGCCUGUAGACACCUUCAGCUGGGACCUCCCCAUCAAGGUGCUGCCUACAAGCCCCACUCUGGCCUCAUAUGCUGCCCCGGGCCCCAGCACCAGCACCAUAACCAUCUGAAACUGCACGCUUGCCCACCCCAGCACUGGCUUCCCAAAGGACACUGGGAGCUCAGUCUCAGGACUAUAGUAAGGCUGGCCCACUUUUUCCAUCAGGGAGGGGGCAGGGGCCAAUGACAUGGACAAUAAGAGGCAGGCCUUCAGCUGUAGCAUUAAUUUAUUUAUUCAGA